AACCCAAGAAGAAGAAGAAGAAGAAGAAGAAGAAGAAGAAGAAGAAGGGCACGCCCCCUGAAGUUAGCAUCUCUUUCUACAUCCAUGGUUAGCAUAGAUACCUAACGCCGAUUAAGCUCACUAAGUCGCGCAAUAGUAGCUCAGCCUGUGAACAAUUAUAAAGUGGAGUGGCCACAAUGAGAGACGAUUAUUUGUGAGGAACGACCCAACCCACGUGCCAUGUCUCUGGUUUUCCCACGACCCAACACCAACGCAGUCCACGGCAAGAAGGAUAAGAGACUAAUGGCGGAAGUGAAUGCAUCACCGCUCAAGCAUUUUGUCACAGCAAAGAAGAAGAUCAACGGGAUCUUUGAACAGCUGGGGGCCUACGUCAAGGAGAGCACUUCCUUUCUCGAUGACACUUACAAAAAUGAGGAGCUGGACCCGGUCACCACGGAGGAGCAGGUCCUGGAGGUGCGGGGUUACCUGGCUAAGGUGGCAGGGAUUGGAGAGGUGCUCGCACGCAGACAUAUGAAGGUAGUCUUCUUCGGGAGGACCAGUAAUGGGAAGAGCUCUGUCAUCAAUGCCAUGCUGUGUGACAAGGUGCUGCCUUCAGGAAUAGGACACACCACCAACUGCUUCCUGAGGGUGGAGGGCACAGAUGGGAAUGAGGCCUUCCUCCUCACUGAAGGCUCUGAGGACAGGAAGAGCAUAAAGACGGUGAACCAGCUGGCCCACGCCCUCCACCAGGAUGAGGACCUGGACGCUGGCAGCCUGGUGUGUGUCAUGUGGCCUAAAGCCAAGUGUGCUCUGCUCAGGGAUGACCUGGUGUUAGUGGACAGCCCAGGUAUAGAUGUAACCACUGAACUGGACAGCUGGAUCGAUAAGUUCUGCCAGGAUGCUGAUGUGUUUGUUCUGGUGGCGAACUCUGAGUCCACACUGAUGCAGACGGAGAAGUCCUUCUUUCACAAAGUCAAUGAGCGGCUCUCCAGUCCCAACAUUUUCAUCCUCAACAACCGCUGGGACGCCUCCGCCUCAGAACCUGAAUACAUGGAGGAGGUCCGCAGACAGCAUAUGGACCGCUGCAGCAAUUUUCUGGUGGAGGAGCUGGGUGUGGUGGACAGGGCCCAGGCCAGCGACCGCAUCUUCUUCGUCUCUGCAAAGGAAGUCCUGCAGGCCCGUGUGCAGAAGGCUCAAGGGAUGCCUGAAGCAGGGGGGGCUCUUGCAGAAGGAUUUCAAGCCAGAAUGUUUGAGUUCCAGAACUUUGAGAGGAGAUUCGAGGAGUGCAUCUCUCAGUCAGCCGUGAAGACAAAGUUUGAGCAGCACACUGUGAGGGCCAAGCAGAUCUCUGAAUCCCUGCGCCGCAUUAUGGAUUCUGUUCACGUGGCUGCGCAAGAGCAGAGGAUCUACUGCAUUGAGACCAAAGACGACCGCCAGGACCGGCUGGAGUUCAUAGACAAGCAGUUGGACUUGUUAACCAUGGACUGUAAGGCCAAAAUCAAGAAGAUCACUGAGGAGGUGGAGAGACAGGUGUCCAAUGCGAUGUCAGAGGAGAUCAGGAAGCUCAAUGUGCUCGUGGAGGACUUCCACAUGGACUUCCACCCAUCAUCAGUGGUGCUCAAGGUCUAUAAGAACGAGCUGCACCGUCACGUAGAGGAGGGUCUGGGCAGCAACAUGUCGGGGAGAUGCUCCACCUCCAUCACCAGCGCCCUGCAGGCCACACAGACCGACAUGAUUGAUGGUCUGAAGCCUCUGCUGCCCCCCCCAGUCAGAGAGCAGGUAGACAAGCUGGUUCCCCGGCAGUGCUUUAGCCUCAGCUAUGACCUGGCCUGUGACAGGCUGUGCAGCGACUUCCAGGAGGACAUCAGCUUCCACUUCUCCAUGGGCUGGACCAUGCUGGUCAACCGCUUCCUGGGGGCCAAGAACACUCGGCGGGCCCUCAUGGGCUACAAUGACCAGGUCCCCCGGCCCCUCGCCCUGACCCCGGUCAGCAGCAGCAUGCCCCCCUUCCCCCAGGGCUCCGUGACCCAGGAGGAGCUGAUGGUCUCCAUGGUGACUGGUCUCGCUUCCCUCACCUCACGUACUUCCAUGGGUGUGCUUGUCGUUGGUGGCGUGAUCUGGAAGGCGGUGGGCUGGCGUCUGAUCGCCCUGUCAGUGGGUCUGUACGGACUCCUCUACAUCUACGAGCGGCUCACCUGGACCACCAAGGCCAAGGAGAGGGCCUUCAAGAGACAGUUUGUGGACUACGCCAGCGAGAAGCUGCAGCUCAUCGUCAGCUACACCGGCUCCAACUGCAGCCACCAAGUGCAGCAGGAGCUGGCCAGUGUGUUUGCUCAGCUCUGCCAGCAGGUGGAUGUGACCCGGCAGAACCUGGAGGACGAGAUCACUGACAUGAACACCAAGAUUGAGCUGCUGGACAGCCUGCAGAGCAAGGCCAAGCUGCUGCGGAACAAGGCAGGCUGGCUGGACAGCGAGCUGAACAUGUUUACCCAGCAGUACCUCCACCACAGCAAGUGAAGCACAGAGCGUCCACCUGGGGACGGACACCACGGAGGAACACGCCCCCCCCGCUGAGCCCCCCCUCUAGAUGACACGUCUGAGAUUUGAUGCUAAGAGGAAAGAUCCACAGUGUUGUGAAGAGAAACAGAAGUGUGAUAUGAGUGGAAGAUUACCACGUGGUUAUGGAAGUAUUGAUUUGAGCUCAGGGUGGCGGGGUCCUGUGGUCAGCUGGUGAUUUCACACACACAGAAAAAACAUUUAAAUCACCUUUAAAAAUAAAUAAAUAAAAAUAUUAAAUCGGCUUAACCACAGACUCCAAAUCUGCCCCCCCCAGGUUAUCCUGGAGUCAUGUUCAGUUGUGGACUCGGUAUACAGGCCUGACCCUCAUGAUCUGACUCCACAACAGAAGUCCUUCCCCAGCUUCUCAGAACCUCCACACUGUCCUCUAAAUCUCACUCGUACUGAAUAUAAUGCCAGAUGGAAUUGUGUAGAUCUGAUUUUGUAUAUACAUAUGAACAAUGGACAAGUGCCAUGCUAAAGGAGUGGAAUACAAUGUAAAUGUUAGGGGGAUUAUGCAACAUAAUUUAUUUCUCCAAUUGUAUAUUUAGUCAACUUAAAGAAUAGUCUAUCAGAAAUGGAAUUGUUGGAGUUUGUCACUGGAAGAGAAACUGCUGUACUGACAUUUGAAUCACAGCGAUAUGAAGGAAAGGACUUCUCCUUCUCAAAGCCUAUGAGUUCUGUGAGCUGUAGAACUGAUGUUACUGCUGCCUCUGUGGAGCCAGGCUUCACACUGAGUUGAGAUGAUUCCUACUGAUAGCCUCUACACAUGAACCCCUCACUGUGGGGAACAGCCCAGCGCUGCAGAUGUAGAGACUUGUCAUUUGUUUCAUCUGAGAGUUAACCUACAUCUUCAUUUUUGCAAGGUUGUUUCGUCUGUGAAGUCAUUGCAAAUAUGUUAGCAUGUUUAUAAUGGCAGUAGAACAUCGAAAACUCCUGUAAGGUCACUUAAAGUUAAGGAGGAAACAGUUUGGCACUAUUUGUGUGAACACUGGAACUAUACGGCACACAGGAAUAAGAUGGAGGGUGCACUCAGUUCUGCACGUGUUGGAGUUAUUUUGAAUGAACCGGAUCUCUUUCUGGAGUUCUGAAUCCGGGCCAAUUGGUCAUUUGACAAAGUGAAAGUUCCCACUUCAAUAUCAGAAAUGACCUUUUCUUGGGAUUCUCACGUUCUAGACACUGAGCUUUGUCAGCAAAGGAAAUCUUACAUUAGAUUUUUCAACAGUAAAUGGAUUAGUUUGAUGAUCAGUGUGGAGUUCAGUGAGUCAGGUGCAAGCAACUUCAUGUUCAGCUUUCUCUAAUGAAAUGACUUCAGAACAUCUUCCAUGCAGCCAUACUAAUCUUCCAUACAUAUCAAAUGAAGCCUCCUUCCAAGCUCGAGACUAGAGGAUGUUAUCAUAUCAUAUUCUCAUGUAAGAUGGUAGCAUCGUGUUGGUGACCUGUGUAUCACCCCCCGGCCUUUUCUUUGAACUUUGAACUUUUUGUGUUGCACUGAAUGCAUUUGUUGGCCCCCCCUUCUCCC